CGGCCCGGUGUGUUGCCUUACCAACCCGCUACGCCUCUCGCUCCUCGCUCGCUCUCUUUACAGCUUUUACAACCCUACACGAAAAAUGAGGGAAUGUAUCUCCGUCCACAUCGGCCAGGCCGGCGUCCAGAUCGGCAAUGCCUGCUGGGAACUGUACUGUCUGGAGCACGGCAUCCAGCCUGAUGGUCAGAUGCCGUCAGACAAAACUCUUGGUGGUGGAGACGACUCGUUCAACACCUUCUUCAGUGAGACUGGCGCUGGGAAGCACGUCCCGAGGGCUGUGUUCGUUGAUUUGGAGCCUACUGUUGUGGACGAGGUUCGAACCGGCACGUACCGGCAGUUGUUUCACCCCGAGCAACUGAUCACUGGUAAGGAGGAUGCAGCCAACAACUAUGCCAGAGGUCACUACACCAUUGGCAAGGAGAUCGUCGAUGUGGUCCUCGACAGGAUACGCAAGUUGGCCGACCAAUGCACUUCUGUUCAGGGAUUCCUGGUGUUCCACUCCUUUGGUGGCGGAACCGGUUCCGGGUUCACGUCCCUGCUGAUGGAGCGGCUCUCCGUUGACUACGGGAAGAAGUCUAAACUGGAGUUCUCCAUCUACCCUGCACCUCAGGUGUCUACAGCGGUGGUGGAGCCAUACAACUCUAUAUUAACCACGCACACCACUUUGGAGCACUCGGACUGCGCGUUCAUGGUCGACAACGAGGCCAUCUACGACAUCUGUCGGCGGAACCUCGACAUCGAGAGACCAACAUACACCAAUUUGAACAGACUUAUUGGACAGAUAGUAUCGUCCAUCACGGCGUCGCUGCGUUUCGACGGCGCUCUCAACGUGGACCUGACGGAGUUCCAGACCAACUUGGUGCCGUACCCGCGGAUCCACUUCCCGCUGGCCACGUACGCGCCAGUUAUCUCGGCGGAAAAGGCCUACCACGAGCAGCUCACCGUCGCAGAGAUUACCAACGCGUGCUUUGAACCCGCCAAUCAGAUGGUGAAAUGCGAUCCACGACAUGGUAAAUACAUGGCCUGCUGCAUGUUAUACAGAGGAGAUGUGGUACCAAAGGACGUGAAUGCUGCAAUCGCAACCAUCAAAACGAAGAGAACCAUCCAGUUCGUGGACUGGUGUCCCACCGGUUUCAAGGUGGGCAUCAACUACCAGCCACCAACGGUGGUGCCGGGCGGCGACCUCGCCAAGGUACAGCGCGCCGUCUGCAUGCUGUCCAACACCACUGCCAUCGCUGAGGCCUGGGCCAGAUUGGACCACAAAUUCGACCUUAUGUAUGCAAAACGCGCCUUCGUCCACUGGUACGUCGGCGAGGGUAUGGAGGAAGGUGAGUUCUCCGAGGCUCGGGAGGACUUGGCGGCCCUCGAGAAGGACUACGAGGAAGUCGGAGUAGACUCCACUGAAGGAGAACUCGACGAGGAGAAUGAAUAUUAAGGACUUAAAUAGAACACGCAGGAUCGUGAUUUUUCCAAUUAAAAUGGCACUAAAUUUUGUACGCUUUUUUAUAGGAAAUAAUAAUUCAUUCAUUUAGAACAGCGUUUCUUAACCUUAAGUCCACGGACACCUAGAAAGCCACGCUUAUUUUAAGUCCUCUUCAUUAAAUAAAAACACUCGAAAAAUGUCGGACAAUUUAUUUCAGUUCUGCAAAAAAUAACUGUUCUAAAGAAGCGUAAAAAUUACGAGACUUGUUAGCAAUUAUUUAUUUAUUAAAACUUCUAUAGAUAACAGGGCUUUACCCCGUUUACGGUACCCCAUACACAUACUCGCGGAUCCCAGGGCUCCGCAGACGUUAGGUUAAGAAAUUCUGAUUUAAAAUAACAAGUACGGGAACA